AUGCCUCACCUUAACGUCGGAUCUCUCGUCUACGAGUACCAAGCGAUCGACGUCAUUGGCAUCCUUGACCUGUUGAACUCAGGCUCCAAAGCCUUGGCCAAGGGUCUAUCCGUGUACGCUCCGAUCAGUGCGAAAGUCACCGCAGAGGCCCCCGAGAUCAACUUCCAUCACAUAGGCACCAACCUUGAUGCUGUCACGGUCAUCGGCGGCCUGAAGAUCGCCCCGACAGUGACCAUCGACGACGCCCCUGAGAUCGAUAUUCUUGUCGUCGGCGGCCCUAACCUGGUCGACUUCACCCUCAAGCCCGAGUUCGCCGAGUACAUCCGUCGACACAUUGCGGCCGGAAAGCUCGUCUUCACCAACUGCACCGGGGCUGGUGUCGUUGCGAUGACUGGCGCUCUCGAUGGUCGUAAUGCUACCAUCAACAACGUGGAGUAUGAAUGGGCAAAGAAGCAAUACCCGAAUGUCAAGUGGACCAAGGAAAAGAAGUGGGUUGUUGACGGGAACAUUUGGACAGCCGCUGGAGCUGUGACUGGCAUGGACAUGGUGGCACACUGGCUGCAGCAGACGUACGGAUCGGACGUUAUGAUGUUGGCUACCAUGGGGCUGGACUUCGAGCCCAGGGAUGUCAAUGGAGUGCAGUCCGUUAUUCCGAAGAGAUACGAUUCAUCUGGAAAGCAGAUCUCGACUCAUGUCUUCACUUACUACGACUCCUACUGA